CUAUUGAAAGAUAUGAUUUGAAUAACUAUUCACAUAGGUGUCCGUUCAGUAAAUUUAAGUCACGUGAUUAGCAGAUGAAAGAUGUAGAUGCGCUAAACGAACGCACCCCUUGUAUCUAAUCAAAUUCGAGAUCUCGGACAUAGGAAAAAUUGAUCAGUCGCAGUGGCUAUUUUGGGCAAUUAAUCACAAUAUAUAAUAAGUCAACUUUUAUUUCAUUCGAGAUUUUGAAUCUAUUUCUAUUAUGAACACAACGCUAUGAAUGCUCAAGAGGUUAAUUGAUCAGAGCAGAACCAAUCAAAGUUGGAUGCGCAGAAUCAGUCACAAUUACUUUCGCUAUUCGAUCCUGCGCGAGUUUGUCAGAGUAGCGGAAUCGUCGAAGAGGAUAACGUGCAUAUAAUGUCUCAUAACAUCCUUGUCAUACGAUAUGUAUAACGUUGUUGAAGCGAACAUCAUCGUUGGGAAGAUGAUCGAAGUAGAAGAGAUCGACGCGCAAAGAUGCAAGAAAAUAUAAAAAUUUCAUUGCUGAAAGAAAUGCGUGUUUGGAUGAGUAUUGUUUUGUCUUUUUCUUACCCAUAUCUGGACAAGGAAUAUUAUAUUAGGGUCAUGGCUGUGAAAGAAUGGUUCAGGAGGCUUCAACCGGUGCAACUGUACCUGGUGUUAUUCUUCGCUACAGCUUUUUUCUUGGUGGAGAUCGUCGCCAGUCAUUUAACACACUCAUUGACGCUGCUUCUCAACGCAUACCACAUGCUCUGCAAUAUUGUAGCGCUUAUCGGUUGUAUUGCUUCAAUCAAGUAUAGUUAUCGGGAAAAGUAUAGCAACAAUAGUAACUGCAGUUCACUGGGAAAUUCGUCUAUCUGUGUUAACGCUGAGGAACAAAGUUCUGUCACGUCCUUAUCAACAAAAACAAAGGAAUCAUGGUCGGACAGAAGGAUGAAAAAUACAUUUGGUUGGGCUAGGAUAGACAUAGUUACGAUGCUUGUUUGUUAUGUGUUUCUCGCCUCCUUUUGUUUUUCAUUGCUGAUGGAAGCCCUACAAACUUUGGUACACAUCGAUCAUUUAGAUGAAAUGCACCAUCCAUUGCCGGUGCUGUGUAUUGGCAUUUCUGGAAUUCUUCUAAAUGCUUUUUGCUACAUUUUAAUUGGUGGAUUUACUUUUAAUCAGGGUAUUUUCCUACACGUUACUAAAAGUGGUGAUGUAAUAUUAUGCAGAAAUGUGAGGUUGCAAGAAACAAAAAAUGGUGAGCAGCAACUGUCAGCACAGACGAGGCGAAGUCCGCUAGCGAUACCAAAAAGUGAAGGUUUAAGAGAAAUGUGUCGGGAUGUUCUCGGAUGUAUUUUUGUCAUACUAGUGUCUGUUUUAGUAUAUUUUACAAAUUCCGACGUAGCCAAAUAUAUUGAUCCGCUUUUUGCCAUAAUUUCAUCAAUUUCAUUAUUCACUCUUUGCUAUCCAUACAUGAAAGAAUCAGGUCUGAUAUUGUUGCAAACCAUUCCGAAUCAUAUUAAUAUCGACUGCCUUAAAAGAGAACUGUUGGCAGCUUUUCCGGAUAUCGUAAACGUUCAUGACUUACAUGUAUGGCAAUUAGCAAAACAUCAAGUAAUUUGUACGGCUCAUAUUAUUUUUUUGAAUCCAAUGGUUUAUGCUAGUAUUACGGAACAAGUCACUGCCUUUUUUGUCGAAAUAGGCAUCACGCAGGUUACUAUACAACCAGAAUUUCGAAAGAUGAAACCUAAUACAGAAAGGGCUGACUGCUUAAUUCGUUGUCACGGAGAACACUGUAGUUCUUCCCAAUGUUGUUCGCGAGAGAACUUCUUGGAAGAUACAUGCAAAUCGACAAAAGAUACAAAAGAUAUCAUUAACAAAAAGACUGAUAAAAAAAAGAUAGCCGCAUGUUCGAUUAAUUUGGAAAAGCUUACUGUUUACAAAGAAGAAGAGCGAUUAGUGGAUGAUUCAAAAGUAGAAAAGUCUAUACAUGAUUCGACGAAAGAAAAUGCAGGUCACUCAAACGACAAACAGAUGCAAAGUAUUGUUAAUGUUAAGCCUGAAAUCAGUUCGACCAACGUAUCUGAUCAAAUAUCUAUAAAUGCUAUCGAUCAAAUGUGUGCAAUUAUCGAUAAUAACUUAGACCUUAACGUAACUUAAAUAUUUAUUUGAUUUCGACAAAUAAAUAAUUUUAUUUAAUUCUUUUAUCUAGCACUAUCUUUCUUAAAAGUAUGAGGAUUAAAACCAGAAAUUCGAAAAGAGUAAAGAUUCAUGAUUCAAAAUACAUCACUGCUCAGUGGCAUUGUACAGUCUCGAAAAUCUUUUGCCGUUAAUUUUAAUAAUAAAACGAUCGAGAUAAAAUAAAACCUUUGAAUCAUAUAUUUGAAGAACGUAAUAUCAUUUCUAUCAUUUAAAACAAUUGUAAAAAAAUUUAAUUCUUCCUUAGAAUAUUUGAAAUGUUUUGCAGAGUAAUAUAGAACAUUUGCACUUAUGAAUAGUAGCGCUAGUUGGAGUUGGCAUCCUUUGGCCUAUCUCCACAUUAUGUGAGUUAGAGCUUCUGAGGUUGUGAGCUUCAUAUUUAAAAAAAAAAAAAAAAAAA